AACCAAGCUUUUUGGGUCAAAACCGGACAGGUUACACAACCCAAGAUUCAGGGUAGAAUUAACUAUUAUAUUUGAAUUACUAUUGCCUAGUGCAGAGGGUAUCCACACCAGACAUUAUAUGGAUGCAAAUUUGAUCCAUGGUUAAAGAAUAACAGCUGGAGCAAGUAAUACCUUACUCAUUUUAAAUCUAGUUUUACAUCACAUAAAACUCAGCAGAAACAGGUAAGUUAUAAACCUACACACAUUUAGCAAAGAGCCUAGUCUCAUUUGAGUAGGGACACUCCUCCUACACAUGGGACUGAUACAAACUAGGAUUACCAGACUAAAGGAGUGGUUUCCCUGUGUUAGCCAAUUUUGGAAGUUCCCAGAGUCAUGUAUCAAAUGGAAAGCAGAAGUAAAUAGGCACAGGAAGCAGGGAGGGAGGGGCCAGACAAAAUCCUUCUUGCUGGAAGGAGGGAGGCUGAGAGCUUCAGUGGAGCGCUGCUGUGAGCAGCACUGAAUAUCUUAUUUAUAGCAUGGAGAUCCUGGGGAAUGUGUUGGAGAUAGCACAAACUAUCUAUAAUCUGUGUGAUCAGGCCAGUUCCAACAAAAGGCAAUGUUCUCGUCUGAAGAAAAGAAUUCAAAUCUUGCUGAUGGCUGCUGAAAAGCUCAAGAAACAGCCAGAGAAGUCCGGUGAGCUGAAGAUUGUUCUGAGGGAGAUGCAGCUCACUUUGAGGAAUGCCAAAUCCUGGGUUCUUAAAUAUUCCAAUCAGGGGUGGUGGAUGAAAAUCAUCAAAGCCAAUGGCAUAAAGGAAGAGUUUGAUCUAAUAAAUGAUCGCCUUAAGGAUGCUGCUGAUGAUAUUUCUGUAAUGCUUGCUAUGGAACAUCGGGAACUUUUACUCAAAUUUUUUGAUGAAAACAAAAGGAUGAGACAGAGCCAGAGAGACAUUGAAGAGGACAUGAGUGAACUAAAAGAACACCUAAAUCGUGGUGUUAAGAGUCUGACUAAGGACAUCAGCCAUGUGAAGGUAGCAGUGGAAGAUUCAAAUGCUGGAGUAAAGAACAUACUCAGUCAAGUUGAAGAAAUAAAGUCCUUGCUAUCUUCAGGAACAAGAACUCCAAGGCUCUGCACAGAGAUAAAAUCUGAGGAUCUGAUAUGGGGAGCCCUUGUAAUGGAGAGGCCUAAUUUUGAUCUGUAUAAAGGACAGUACUAUAGGAGCCCAGUGGCUAUAAAGGUCUUGAAGGGACAGCCAACGGAAAAUGAUGAAAAAAUAAGGGAAAUAUUUAAUUCAGAGGUAAAGACAAUGAAAAAAUAUGAAUGUGUGAACAUUCUACGUAUAUUCGGCAUAUGUAUCGACAAAGCAAAGAGUGAGCCCUGCUACUAUAUGGUGACUGAGUUCUGUGAAAAGGGGACUCUCGGAGAACUACUGAGCAGAGAGAAGAACCUCUCCUGGAAUCAGCGUAUUCACAUGACGCUGGAUGCUGCAAGGGCAUUGUAUAGGUUACAUCAUACAGAGACAAAACCUAUGCUUCAUGGAAGCCUGAGUAGUUCUAAGUUCUUGGUAGAUGGUACUUAUUGCCUUAAGCUAUCUGGAUUUGAGCUAUCAAAGACAGAAUCCUCCAUGAGAAGACAACCUAAGGCUGUGAAGCAAAAGCAAGGCACAGACUGGCUGUACAUUGCACCUGAAACAAUGCAGAAUAUCAACGCUUAUGAUAAACAAAGUGAAAUUUACAGCCUGGGAGUUGUGUUUUAUGAAAUUGCAAGUGGCAGGAUUCCAUUACAGGAUCUUUCUGGUGCUGAUACAAACCCAACCGACAUGUACCAAAAUCUGUGUAAAGAUAUGAAGGAGGGCCUCCCUGCUGACUGCCCACUUGUCCUGUCUGAACUCAUUGUAAAAUGCACAGGAACCAAUCCCACCGAACGUCCCUCAGCUGGAGUUAUUGUGGAUUUACUCAUGGACUAUUUGAACCAGCAAGAGACCAGCGAGACUGUUGCACUGGUCAGCAAUAUGGGUCUCACUAAAAAACACUAAUCUAAAGGACUGUUAAUAGAUGUAAAAAAGUUGCUGUGAUUCAAGCUUUCUGGAAUAAAAGCUAGUGGCUCAGCACGAUAAGAGAAGUCAGAAGGUUUGAAGAAUGAAAAUCUUCAACUGAAAAAGACAAAUCUGUGUACAAGAACAUUAUUUUUUUAAAGACUUUUAUAAAAACAAUAAGAAUUCUAUUGAGAAAAAAACUAACCAAGAAUCCAGCAAUGACCCAGAAACGUUGCUAGGCUCUGGAAUACUGGUGCAUAACAUUCCUCACUAACAAGAGCCAAUGUGAAUAGAGGCUGGUUCCUCUGGAGGAAAUUGUGAAAAGAGCAUCACUAACAGACAUGCAGGAUCAUUAUACAUUUCUAAACUGAAGAUGAAUGGAAAUACAUACCUAAGAUUAUAUUAAUAUUCAUAUUAGUUUAACUUUGUACUCUCAUCUAUGUGUGUGUAUGGCAUGGAUUGUUGUGCAUUGCAAGGUGCAAUAUAAUAAAAUUUGUUAAAAAAAAAAAAA